GCUAUACUGUAAUCAUAUGAUUGGGAGUCGAUCCCCGCUGCAGAAUACCGACACACUGGGCGGACACAAGCGGAGGAGCCGGGGCGGAUGAGACUAUCAGAUGGUACAAUUGUAGCUGCUGAAGAAGUGCGUGGAGUCCGUGAAAGUGUCGCCUGAAGUGUCAAACAGAGUCAAACUCCCCCCGAAAAGGAACUUUUUUCAAAGUCUGGAGAGAGUCGGACUGAGGGGGGCGUUUGGAAGAAGAGAGGACUCUCAAACGAAACGUUAACCGAAGGACAGUCGAUUUAACCGAAGCUGAGAUUUGAGUUUUAUCCGCCUGCUACAGAGGCGGUCAGCGGGUCGGUGGAAACCCCUGGGGUCCUCGCGUUGCUUUUCUCGGGGCGUGUGUGUGUUUUUUAAAAAGAAAUCUCCCAUAAGUUUUUCGACUUAGCUAGGUCACUUUACUAUUGAAUCAAAAGCCAUGGUCGGGGAGACAGAGGUGAAGGAGAGACCCAAGUCCAACCCGGACUAUCUAAUGCAGCUGAUGAACGACAGGAAGGUGAUGAGCUCCCUGCCCAACUUCAGCGGCAUCUUCACGCAUCUGGAGCGGCUGCUGGAUGAAGAAAUCGGCAGGGUACGCAAGGACAUGUACAACGACACACUGAACGGCGGGAUGUUCAACGGGCGGGACAUGGAGGAGCUUCCCGAGGCUAUCGGCCCCGUGGCUCAGCUGCAGGAGAAGCUCUACGUGCCUGUCAAAGAGUACCCUGACUUCAACUUCGUCGGGAGGAUCCUGGGCCCACGUGGACUGACGGCCAAACAACUGGAGGCAGAAACCGGCUGCAAGAUUAUGGUGCGAGGAAAGGGCUCCAUGAGAGACAAGAAGAAGGAGGAGAUGAACCGAGGGAAGCCCAACUGGGAGCACCUGAGCGAGGACCUCCACGUCCUGAUCACGGUGGAGGACACACACAACCGGGCCAAGAUCAAACUCCAGCGGGCCAUCAACGAGGUCAAGAAACUUCUCGUGCCUGCUGCUGAGGGGGAGGACAACCUGAAGAAAAUGCAGUUGAUGGAGCUGGCCAUUCUCAAUGGGACCUACAGAGACGCCAAUGUCAAGACGCCCACCGCCGCCUUCCCGCUAGCGACCCCUCAGGCGCCCCGGAUCAUCACAGGCCCGACGCCCGUCCUGCCUCCCACUCUGCGCAACCCCGCCCCCGUCACCACGCCGACCAUCAUGCCUCUGAUUCGUCAGAUCCAGAGCUCCACCCUCGUGCCGGGAGGCAAUCCGCACCCGGCGCUGGUGCAGCAAGGGCCCGAAUCUGGAAUCAUCUACACACCCUACGAUUAUCCCUACACACUCACACCCUCCAUAUUGGAAUACCCAAUUGACUCAACUGGAGUAUUAGGUAUGGCUUUCCCAACCAAAGGCUAAGCGAUAGCAACCCUUCCUAGCACACACAUGGACUGGCUUGCAGAGACCCCCCCCCCCCCCCCCCCCUUUCCCUCCCUCCUUCCCCCACACACACAUACUUGUCCCACAGAGCAAACACUCAGAGUUUGCUCAUACUUUAGGAUGACAGAUUCCUCGACAGUCAUUCUGUAGUCAAGUGUCCAUUCCUGUUAAUUUCCUCUUUGUAUUAGCAGACUAGUGUUGUGGUGUGACAGCUACUUAACUUUUUUUUAAUAGUUCAGCUUCCGCUUGUAAUUUUAACACAUUUUUAGUGAACCCAUAGUUAUUUUAGUGCUGCUGUUUGUGAUUUAAUAUGUUAAAGCUUAUUUUGAUCACAGAGCUAUAGAGUGACUUUACUUACAGCUGAUGUUGAAUCUACUAGUGAAGCGUAGUCAGAGAUUAGUGGUUUGGAUUAUUAUUUUCCUUAGAAAACAGAAGACCACAAAACAACAAAAAAAAUUCUGUCUCUUAGAAGUGAGAUGUUUUUGCUUAUUUUUCACCUUCAGCCUUGAACACUUUGUAAAUUCCUGGUUUCACUGAUGUUGGUGCCAUGGGUGGACUGUUUGAUGUCUUUCUGAUGAGUAACCUUCUGUGUUCUGUUUUGGCGAUGUCAAUGGCUGUUAGCAGGUGCCAUGACCACUAAGGUACGACGCCACGACAAGAGAAUCCAUCCUUACCAAAGGGUAGUGACCACAGACAGAGGUUAGUUAGCUCACCAGCCACUUUAAUGUGUAUGUGUAUGUGGGUGUGUGUGUUAGUGUGCGUGCAUGCAGACCAAUGGACCAAUUUCAGUUUACAUGUGUCUGUAAUACGGCAUGCCUAAAAAAAUAAAUAACUGUAUCGGGCAAAAAGGUCACACGCUGAAGCGGCUUCAGUGUAAAAUGUGAAACAGUAUUUGUUGCAGUGAGCAGAUUGGGAGGAACCAUGUUAGGGGUGCCAGCUGCAGCGCUUAUCUUUGCUCGCCUGUUAGAUAAACUGGACGGCUUGCAGGCCGGGACCCUCUCAAUUAGAAUGGACCGCUCCAUUCAUGUGACUCGGUCCUUGUGACUCUGGAUUUGGAGUCCUAUCUCUCAGAAACUUUUUUUUUUGUUGUUGUUUAUCUCCUCAUUACUACUUUUGACCCUACAAAUACUGUGGGAACAUUUAUUUAUACCCAAUUUCAUUCCAGUAGAUUUCCACAAAUGUUUUUUUAUUAUUAUUAAUUAAAUCCUGUGUUGUGCCCAAUGACUAUAUGACACUUAAAGUAACAGUGGUUGUCUUUUUCUGAAGGUCAUUCAAUUCAAUAUGAUCUUUGGUUUUUACUACUAAAACACAGCGUGUGAUAACUACUGAAGUCUGUGUUACAAGCUCUUUUGUAUGAAAUACUGUUGUUUGUGGUCUUAUCAGUCGCCCACUGGACUUUAUCAUUGGGGCUGUUUACAUCUUUCAUAUAUUUCCUAGCCAGAGUGGUGCUGUUACCAUGUAUUUAGCUGCAAAAUAAAUUUGUAUAUAGGGAUUUUAAGGAUUUAAGUGCUUAUAUGAAGCUUAUGGAACAAGAUCGCUUGGAAAUACUUGUAGUAUUUUUUUUUUUAGUUUUUUUUAGUUUGUAAAUUUUUAUUUUUGUUUUUAUGGUAUGCUUUUUAUAGAUGAAGUGUCUCCAUGUAAACUUCAAAUUUUAUUCAAAGUGUGUAGCUACUACUGUUUUAGUCACCGCGAAGGUGGCAAUGAAGGCAGUGUUAUACUCUGUGUAUUUAAGAUGAGGUGACCUUCUCGAUUCACAGGCCUCGUGACUGUUUUAUGCAAUAGAAAUGGACUAGCUAGCUACAAUAUAUGUGUGUGUGUGAGCAGUGGUGCUCUUGUUGUACACGAUGGACAAAAAACACUAAAAGGCAAUAAAGAUGACUAUUGAAAAAAA